AUCUUUAUUUGUUUAUUUAUUUUUAUUAAGCUUUAUUUUACCUAGCGGACCUUACUAACGUUAACACUCAGUUUUACAGGCGUCUCACUCCCCACCCACUCACCCCUCUUAAUGGGCACCUCGUUGGACCGUGAAGUCUGAGGACGCUUACCUGGCUUGGCAGUGGAGACCGAUGCUGCCAUGGCUGCGAGCAGCAUGAGAAGUCGAGAAAUCCUCCCCUGGGAGAAGCCAGUCCAAAUAAGCAGCCUCCUUCUGAAGAUAAUCGAGUACGAAACCACUUCCCAGAUCGUAACAGAGAAAACAGUCCGUUACUGGGAUGACUGGGGUCCUUUACUAUCCUCCUGGCCCUUGUCCAGCACCGUUUCCUGUAUAUGGACUGCAGGUCAGGAAGCUCAGUCCGGAUUAUGCGCUCGGCUGAACGUACCACCCUUUGUAGAGCCUGCCCAUCCUGCUUGGUGCUGUUUCCGAACCAGGUUGUGAUGUUUCCCGUAAUGAUCGAUUCAAUGGUGCAGGUGUAGAAGUUACGAAGCACCUUGGAUGGUAGUUUGAAGUCCCUUAAGCGUCUAAGCCAUACCAUUUGAGCGUGCCCAUUCCUCACUAAGCAUCCCAGUAAGUGUGAAGAGAGCAAAAACCAGGAGAGAAAACAUGAUAGUCAGCAUCUCCAGCUCAGUAAAUGAAGAGGCCAUCUAUUUACAUCUGCUGCUACAGCUGGGGGAGGAAGAGGAGGAGGAGAAGGUGCACACUGUUGAGUAGUUUCCCAGUCGUCAUGACGACCUCACACCCCACCAUCUUUGGAGCUGUCUUCUUGUUGCCACGGUGACCUGAUCCUAUUUCAUCUCCACUCUUCUUGAUGAUCCGGAUUGGCCUGACAAAUAAGAGCAAUCCGGGAGUGGCGUCUCCUUUUUCAGAAACGAGCUUGUGGAUGGGACAGCAGAUCCCACACGGGGACGUAGAUCGGAGGACAGGACUGUGCUGUGUGCUGGGAAUGCUGUGGGAGUAACUCCUGAGUGUUGCCUGGAAACAGCAGCAUGCCAGUACAACAGAUAACUGUGGUUCCAGCCAGGGACACAGCCAGCAACGGCAAGGGUGCUCUUCGCUCCAAAGACAAGAACGAGGGGAGGAAGGCACCUGGGCGCUCAGGGAGUCGAUCCAGCAACAUCUCCAAGGCUAGCAACUCGACUGCAGGACUUACGACAGCCUCAAGGGCAUCAAUAACACCCUCUGCUCAGGACAUAUGCAGCUCUGGACAGCUGACCCGCUUAGAUGAGGAUGCUUCUGAGUCAAGCAAACACAAAAAGCAUACACACAACUCCUCUGCAAUGACAGUCACUGGCACCACUUUGGGCUCAUCAGCUCAGGCCCAGAAAAAGCAGGUGAAGAGACGUCACCGCCGCAAGAGAAGCAGCUGCACAGCCAUCGACUGCGUCGAAACCAAUGGCAAACACAUCCACAGUGACCGGAGCCUCAGCUCUGACCGUAGUGAGCUGGGCGAGAAGAGGGAACGCUCCUUCAGGAACCGAAGGGAACUCCCACCUCGCUUCCGGUGCACAGGUGCCCUGCCGUCAGACUCGUCCUCUGAGGACGAGGCAUGCCGCGAGGCCCGCAGCUGGAGCAAAGAGAAGGCCAGAAGAGCUCGCCGUCGCAGCGGGAGCAGCCGAGAGAGGGAGGUGAUAAAUGAGCAUAAAGGAGGACAAGACAAAACCGAGGUCAUGGAGCUUCAAUCUGUGGGGUCAGAUGAAGGGAAGGAGAACCAGCCUCUCAUGGAGGAUAGUGGCGGUCUUAAGAAGCGCCACAACCACAGGGGCUCUAUGAAGAGAGACAGGCACGCUUCGCAGAAGGAUCAAUCACGAAGCAGAGACAAGGAAAAGAAGAGCUACAAGUCACAGAGCCCAAGAGGCAGCUCCUCAUUGGCAGAGGAUGGCGAGGAGCUCAUCACCAAGAAAUACCAGGAGAAGGGGUCAGGUGGUGGGGACAUGUCAGUGCCCACAUUUCAGAAACACUGCGGUGUGAAUGGGAACACACCACAUCCCUGCUCUGAUGACUCUGAGCUGGAGGUCUGCAGGAUCUGCCACUGUGAGGGGGAUGACGAGUGCCCAUUGAUAAUGCCCUGUCGCUGCACGGGAAGCCUAAGUUUCGUUCAUCAGGGCUGUCUCAACCAGUGGAUCAAAUCCUCUGACACUCGCUGCUGUGAACUCUGCAAAUUUGACUUCAUCAUGGAGACGAAGCUCAAACCUUUAAGCAAGUGGGAAAAGCUACACAUGUCAAAGAGUGAGAGGAGGAAGAUCUUCUGUUCAGUGUUGUUUCACCUGAUAGCAAUAGUGUGUAUGUUGUGGUCAGUCUACAUUCUGGUUAAGAGAACUGCUGAAGAGAUCCGACUUGGAAAGAACGAAGAAUUAUGGCGAGUUUCUCUUCUGAAGUAUUAUACGCCGCAGGGUGUGCUGGAGUGGCCCUUCUGGACCAAGCUGAUUGUCGUGGCCAUAGGCUUCACGGGCGGCCUCAUCUUUAUGUACAUCCAGUGUAAAGUGUACCUGCAGCUGUGGCGCCGCCUCAAGGCCUUCAACCGCAUCAUCACUGUGCAGAACUGUCCUGAGAAGGACCUGCACAACCCACAGACCAAGCCCAGUCCCCUCACCAACGGGAAGCACGAAACCGUGGCAGUCCCGGUUAGCCAGGCCACUGCUCCGGCGCCGGCUCCAGCUCCGGAGGCGCCGAUGGACUCUGACAUGUCGGUGGAAGCUGCAGUAGCGCCGGCACAAAACCCCGUCUGACUGAUUCUCCUCUUGCUCCAAGAAGAGUCUUGAAUCCCACUCUGCUCAUCUUACUGGUGUGAGCACAGUGAGAUUUGGACUCCUGCAGUGUUUUAAUGUUGUUCUCAACUCUAGCAUGUUUCUCAUUGAGAUGCAAUGAGAAAAGAACUGAUCCAGUCUUUCAGCGAUCCAGAAAAACUGAAGUCAGAAGGACUUAACAGUACAAAGAAAGACAGCUGCAGAGAGACAUAGGACAGAAAAUAAAGCCAUCAGCAAAGAAAGUUUGUGAAGACCAUAUUAUAUGGUUUACUGACACCAUUUUAUCCCUGUAUGCACUUUCUCAACCUGCACUGAUAUGAGAUAAAGAUGUGAACACCCUGUGGAUGCUCAGAGGUCUCAGUAUGCUUCAAAUGAAUCACACACGACACAAACUUUUGACCCCAUCUGAAACACAUCUCAGAACCCCCAGUUUGCACUGGCAUCAACAGAUUUCUCCACUUUGCAGUUCAGCUGCUUCUGUAUUUGUAAUUUUUAAAUGACAGUGACAUAAAAACCCAUCACUUUAACCCGAGUGUCGCUGUUAAACUGAACUCCUGUGUGUUUUACAUGCUCUAAGGAGAGCAGGCAGACCUCUGAACCCACAAACAUACUGCAUCCAGACAGUCUCCUCAAAAGUGUUUAAUGAAAAUGGAAAAAUAAAUAAAUCAGCUUGUGACUGAUCGGGCCGGUCUGAUGAGCACUAUGACUGAAGCAUACUGAGGCCUUAUUUGGAGAACCAGGUCUUCAGACACCAAAGAGUCAGAUUUUAUAAGUAGAGAAACAGAUUCUAAACUGAACCUUUAGCUCAGUCUGAGAUCAAAAAUCAUAAUAGUCUGAAAGUUAUUGGCAGAUUCUUUGUUAAAAUAGGAAAUCUACAGUAGCCCAGUUGUUCUUGUUUUUUUUGGACAGUUUGCAGCUUCUGAAGUCCUGAUCUGGACAACCUUUAUUUAUACAUCAAUGUAACUAGAGCUUUCAUGGUUGCCAUCCGUUCAUCUUUUUACAAUCGAUUAUUAGAGCAUUUGUCUUGAUUUGAACGAACACAAAGUCGAUCAAAACGACUGUUAUUUACACUCAUUCGCUUUUAUACAGGUUUGAUUCGGUUUCACGCCUCACAGAAAAUACAGUUUCAUUGGUGUCUUAAACCCACCACGACAGCUUUUUUUUAAGUGUGGGAUAAAACGGAGCAUCCAGGUCACAUGAAAUGCAUUUGUUUGUGCAAUAAAUUAUGAAUGUAGAACCCC